CAAUGUUUGAGUUGAUCGGCUCUGAAGUGUCAUACUUGAGGAGCCUUGGAGUUGCUGUCAAUCAUUUCUACGCAUCCAAGGCGCUGAAAAAGACCCUGAAUCAAAUGGAGCAUCACAUUUUGUUUUCCAACAUUCGUCGUGUGAUGGCAGCCAGUGAAAAGUUUCUAAUGGACCUGGAGACUCGGCUGGGAGAGAGUGUGUUGAUCUCUCAGGUUGGAGACAUCGUGCUGCAGCACUGCCCAGAGUUUCACAGCCUCUAUGUGCCAUACGUGACUAACAUGAUGUACCAGGAGACUCUCGUCAACCAGCUGCUGCAGCAGAACAGAGACUUUCUGUAUUCAAUCAAGAAGCUUGAGAGUGACCCAGUGUGUCAAAGACGGAGCCUCAAGUCAUUCCUUGUCCUCCCCUUCCAGAGAAUUACUCGCAUUAAACUCAUCCUGGAGAGCAUCCUGAAACUGACUGAACCAGGGUCCGACUCAGUUUCAAAUCUCAAAAAAGCAAUAGAAGCCAUCCAUGAGAUCGUGGCCGAGUGUGACAAAGGGGUUCAAAAAAUGAAACAAAUUGAGGAGCUGGUUUGCCUGGAAAUGCUGCUGGAUUUUGGCAAACUUAAGUCAGUCCCUCUGGUUGUAAGCGGGAGGUUUCUGGUGCGCCAGGGUCCCAUGAGACAGCUGACUGUGGAGGCCGCUUACAACUCAAGAGUGUCGUUCAUCAACAUCUACCUGCACCUCUUCAAUGACCUAUUGAUCAUCUCCUCGAAAAAGGACCAGAGGUUCAAAGUUGUGGAUCACGCUGAAUUCCCCACACAUGUGCACGUUCAGCAUCUGAAGACUGAGGCCCUGGGUCUACCCCCAGACUCCUUCCUGUUGCAUCUCUCUCGAAGUCAAACUGGACAACCAACCGCCAUGAUACUUGUUGCAUGCACAAGGUCAGAAAAAGAGGCAUGGAUGGAGGCACUGUCAUCUAAACAGUGAUGAAAACAUGUUUACUCUGAGAUUUUGAUUUUAUACAUCAAACCUGGGUUGUUUUAAUUGGCACAUUACUAAUAUAUACAGUUUGAUUGCUUAUAUACACAUAUUGAUCUUUGAUAGAUUUUGAUAACUUGUUCAUUCUUAAAAUUUUUGUAACUUGACGGCACUUAAUAAUCCUGAUGGACGCACUCUAGAGCACCACAUGACACUACAUUAAGGAUUCAAACACACUGAAUUUGUCACAGCUCACAGA